CCGUUCUCUCCUGUACAAUGGAAGAGAUUCUGACCUCAAUACAUCCUACUACUAUUAUGAGUGUUGCCUGAUCUCCCACUGUGUACCCAUGCAGACGAUCCACACCUCUGCGGUGGGCACAACGAAUGGCUCAUCUCAUUGGUUGGGUGUGGUAUCCGGCCUCAAGAGCUUAACCCAGCUACCAGCAACUGUGAGGCGUGGUAAAGUUCACUCAGUUGAAACGUUUCUCAGAAGACUACAGUUUGCUGUGCCACACGACUGGGGGUCUCGGAUGAUGGUUACUGUACCGCCAACAUGUCUACGAACCCCAACCGUGCGACACCGUCGUCUCGAGGCUAUCGCUCACUUCUUCCAGCCAUUGGAGGCGUAAGGCCCGUACUGCCUGAAAAUCAUAGCACAAAGAAAGUACGAUUGGCAUGUAACGUCUGUCGCACCAGGAAGAUUCGUUGCGAUGGCCACCGCCCAAUAUGUGGACACUGUCAGCAGCACAGUGUCAGCUGCAUCUAUGUGGAAGAAGACAAUAGAGAGAUGCGACCAACCGUUCUAAGGCGUGAGAACAUUGCUUUGCGUGAGAAGGUGACCGCAUACCAACAGAUCAUCGGGCUCAUAGCAAACAUGCCAGCAGAUGCUGCACAAUCCGCCAUGUGGCAGCUACAAAAUGGUUCUGAUCCGACCAACUUGCUCAGAAGCCUUAGAAGCAAAAAUAUGGGAUCCACUGUUUCACAGGUACGGACAUUUCGGGCUGCUCUCCCAGCUGCAGUUCAUUCCCAGGGUGAAUUGGAGUUGCUGGUACGGCACCCACUAGUGUACCCUGCAUUAGACCUCUCUCCUCGCGCUCAAUCCCUCGGAAAGACAUUGGUCAAUCCAGUCCGAGAUCUUGGCCUGCCACCAGCGGAUCAACUCCCAAAGACGUUUGAUAACCCUUCUCGUAACCAGCAUCCAGAAGAGGGAGCAGCAAGUGGGGCUUUGUACUUCGAUUCACGACUUGCCAGCCUCCACAUAGACUUUUGGACUACGGUUCCGGUAUCCAAUUCGCAAGCCGCAGAAGCCAUCUCCGCUUUCCUGGAAUUCCAGCAUCCAGUUUGGGGAGUAUUUGAUGCAACGCUGUUUGUGCGUGACCUUGUCGAGCACCGUUUCGAUUUCUGUUCUUCAUUUCUAGUCAGCUCACUGCUUGCUGUUGCGUUUCAAACUCAUGCUCUCGUCGACCGGGAGGCCUUGGGCCGUAGUUUGAAAUUUGCCGGGGAAGCGGAAAUGCUGCUUCGAUCAGUAUCAGAAGAUGAUUGUCUUUCGACACUUGCUGGCCUUGCGCUUCUGUCUAUACACUUGACUGGCCAGGGGAAGUUCACACCAGCAGCAUCAUGUCUCAUCAAGGCCAAGGCCAUGGCAGAAAGAAUGAAAUUGUUUGGCGUAAUGGACUCGUUGCUUGUUUCAUCGUUGGAAUCUAAAGACCAACUGGAGGCCACAAGCGGGACUGCCUGGGGCGUCUUCAACAUGAUCGUGCACCAGAGCCGCUUCUACUCGUGGAUAGAACCCGUCAAAGUGCGGCCGGCUCUACCGGUGCCUGGAGAUCCAGUCGAGAGUCCACCAGCCCGCGACAACGUGGAAGCUUGGUCUCUACCUAUCAGUGAAAGAGUCGACGGUAAUGCUUCGGCAAGAGGCGCUUUUUGCCGACUCUGGGUCAUUAUCAACGAAGUGCAGCUUCUGCUUCGAAGCCCUGACAACGAUGGCACAACGUCGCUGGCAUUUGCGCUUUCGAAGUUCUCCGAUCUUCUGCACUUAGCAGAUACUCUACCCCAUGGGAUGCGUCGGGGAGAGAGAACACCAAACUCUGCACUCGUAUUCUAUAUGCACCUGCACACAAUCAUUCUGGACCUGUUCCGUCCAUUUCUGGCGCCCGAGAUCCAACAGAGCCACAAGAAGUAUCUAUCGCUCGGUACUCAACCAUCGACCAUAUUCGCGGCCUCGGUCGAGCAACUCAAAAGUCUGCUCUUCGAAUACACUCAUCAGUUCCCAGCACCACAAUGGAACAUCUACAUCUACGUCGCAGUCAUCUACGCCGCCAGCGCCGUCCUCAACGACGAGCACGACCCCGAACGCCGCAUGUACUGCCUCUUCUACGCCCAAUGCGGCCUGAAGCAUCGCCCGGCCGUCCAAUCCAUCGGCAAGAUCGGAGAGUCCAUCCUCGCAAUGGGCUACGACCGCAACGUCCUCCAGCAAGCCGAGGUCGCCCAGUUCAAGAAGAUGGCCGAAUACAACGACAACGACGAACGGCGGGGGCCGCCGGGUGGCGGCUUCUCGGUGAAUAGGAACUCGGAGCCGGGUAACGACGCGGAUGUCGAUACGCUCGCGGGCAGGUUUGAGGACAUUGUCAUUUUUGAUGAGUUUACGGAGAGCGUGGCUUGAGGGGGGAUUCGCUGAGCGAUAUGAUUGCCGGCUGCAUCUUUUGAUUUAUUUUUUUGGGCAUAUUCCUCGACAUUCAGAACUGGAGAGAGGAGUAAGAUACAACAUACACAUAUACUUCAAGACACCAUGAUAAUCAAUAAAAUCUUCAAC